ACUAGUUCCUGAAUUUUGGAUCCUCAUCAUGUCGGAGACCGCUCCAGCUGCCCCCGCUGCCGCUCCCCCUGCGGAGAAGGCGCCUGCCAAGAAGAAGGCUGCCAAGAAACCCGCAGGGGCUCGACGUAAGGCGUCCGGACCCCCGGUGUCCGAGCUCAUCACCAAGGCCGUGGCCGCCUCCAAGGAGCGCAGCGGCGUGUCCCUGGCCGCGCUCAAGAAGGCACUGGCGGCCGCCGGCUACGAUGUGGAGAAGAACAACAGCCGCAUCAAGCUGGGGCUCAAGAGCCUGGUGAGCAAGGGCACCCUGGUGCAGACCAAGGGCACCGGCGCCUCCGGCUCCUUCAAGCUCAACAAGAAGGCGGCUUCCGGCGAGUCCAAGCCCAAAGCCAAGAAGGCGGGCGCGGCCAAGGCUAAGAAGCCCGCGGGCGCAGCCAAGAAGCCCAAGAAGGCGACCGGUGCUGCCACACCCAAGAAAGCCGCCAAGAAGACCCCGAAGAAGGCGAAGAAGCCCGCGGCUGCUGCCGUGACCAAGAAAGUGGCCAAGAGUCCGAAGAAGGCUAAGGUUGCUAAGCCCAAGAAGGUCAAGAGUGCGUCCAAGGCUGUGAAACCGAAGGCUGCCAAGCCCAAGGUUGCUAAGCCCAAGAAGGUUGCAGCCAAGAAGAAGUAGGCUGUCUUCCUCUUAAACCCAAAAGGCUCUUUUCAGAGCCACCACUCCCACUUAAAGAGCUGUGACAUUUGUGUAAUAACUCCUUCCUCGCUUUCCGCAGAAGCAGGUUGCGUGGGAUGGAUCAGUCAGCGCUCCGGGGUGGGGUUCCCUGUCUCACCUAGGGUGAUGCUUGAGCUGUCGACUGGGCGGCCGACAAGAGCUGGUGCGCUCCCCAUGACUGCCAACAGCAAAGAGCACCCCUUGGCCCUAGCCAGCGUCUUGCUGUAGGUUGUUUGAAAGUUCCGCCCUGCUUGCGGGUUGGUUCUCUCCAGCUCAGGACUUUAGCCCUUAGUUUGAUUGGGCGCCAGUCGGUGUUGCGUUCUCUAGAAGCUUUAGCUUCUUGGAUGGAGAAACGCAUCCCGGACCCUUUCCCAGAGCGGUUUAUGGGCUCAGCGUCUCCUGGGAGUGUUUCCUGGCGCCGACGAAUGGACUUAGACAUUUAAGCGAUAGCGCUGCGGAAAGGACCCACCCGCCCAGUUAUGCCGGACCUGGGACCGAGGUUUCUCGUACUUUCGGUUUGUUUGCUACAGCAAGGGAGUGGUGGGUCGAACUGCGUCACAACCUUGGUCAGCCAUUUUUUUUUUUCUAAAAUGGCAAUAACUUGCUGAUUGUUUGACUUGUUUUGCCUUCUUUUGACACAGGGUCUCCUUUUUAGAUUGUUCUCGAACUGGCAUUGUACUUGAGUUGUAGAUAUUUGUCGACUAACGAUCGACCUCGCAUUACAUACUGAGGUUUCUUGCUAUGCCCUUUGCAGUCCAAAAUAUUUAAGUAUAAAUUACUGGCUAUCUGUUGACGAUGUAUUGGAAUGCGUCCAAUAAAAGCCUUUAGUUUUCAUUAUUGGGGAUUCUUUUCAUGCCUGCCGCCUUUUUCCUAGAUGGGGUGAUUGAGAUUCUCGUUUUUUAUCAAAUCGGAACAGAUUUUUGCUGAAGCUUAGAUCACUGCUGGUGUUUGCUACAAAAAUGGGUAGCAUGCCCUUUAGAGACCUACAACAGGCAUUUCCACAGUGGUGGAUCCUGUGUUUAUUUCACUGUCCAAGUUUAUUACCUGGGAAAGCCAGGAGAUGAAGAAAGGAAAAUAUAGUUUUCUCCCAGUGUUUUUGAGUCCUCAGUUUAAAUAAACAGCUUUUUUUAGUGCAAGGCAUAGUAAACAGAUCCUUCCUCCCUACCCCACACCCUCAGAACUGUCUGUGACCUCUCAAUUCUUCCCAGCUUUUGUUUCAUGUUUGCCAUAGGCUAAAUUCCUUGGCUUUUAGUCCCUCUGGUAGUCUCUAAGGUAGAAUUAUCGUCUUGAUUCAAUAUGGAGGGUACUUAACACAUAGCAAGGAUUCAAAUAUUGUUUGCUAAAUUGAUAUGUUAUAAUGACUUCAAUAGGGGAUGAGAAUCAAUUCCUUCCCACAGUCGUCCGUGUCCCGUCCCCCACCCC